AUGGAUACUUUAUUAACAGCAGAGAUUGCCGCGAAUUCUCCUCGCUUUCGUCGGAGAUCUUCAACUUUCAUCGAUGGAGUACAUGACUUACCAGAUGAGAAAGCUACUAUGGCGCCGGCUCAGUUGUAUUCAACUGAGUCCGGCCGGCUCUUCCAUUCGGGUAGGAUUGCUAUUGUUCUAGUCGGUCUUCCUGCGCGUGGAAAAACCCAUAUCUCUGUUUCUCUUUCACGUUAUCUACAAUGGUUGGGUGUCAAGACAAGAAUCUUUCAUCUGGGAGAUUAUCGACGUGCUACCAUGGGUCCAGGUCAAGAUGUUCCAGAUGACUAUUUUUUUAUCAACGCAUCUGCUGCUUCAGUUAUGCUUCGUCAAAAAAUUCUUAAGAAGUGUCGUGAGGAUAUCUAUGCUUGGCUCAAUCAUGAAAAUGGUCAAGUUGCCAUUUAUGAUGCUGUCAACCCUCUUUCUGGCGGACGUAGAUCUCUUGCAAAAGAGUUUGCUAAGCAUGAUGUACAAACAUUGUUCCUUGAAUCAUAUGUCACGGAUGAAAAGAUCCUUCAAGAGAAUGCUCGAAGUGUCAAAAUAUCAUCUCCAGAUGUAAAUUGCCUCCCUUCAGAGCGUUGGAAGUACCAGGAUGAUGCUAAGAUACUACAAUCGCAGUUCAUUGGCAUGGAUCCUGAGGAUGCUGCUAAACUUUAUCUGAAGAGAAUUGAUAUGAAGAUUCCUCACUUCGAAACUAUGACCGAGAUUGAUCUCAAUUACGUCAAAAUGAUUAAUGCAGGCGAGCGUAUCGACUACAACAACGUCAGCUUCGGCUACCUAUCCCAUCGAAUUGUCUUUUAUCUUAUGAACCUUCAUAUCAAAUCUCGCCAAACAUUCUUCGCUCGCGCCGGUACAUCCAGCUUAGAUGAUUCCUACAAAGCCGAUGCAUCGCUCUCAGAUGAAGGUCGAGAAUACGCCAAGAAGAUGUCCGAUGCAUUACUCAAACAUCGCGAAGAAGAAAGAGCUGCUUCCAUUGCGGCGGGAGGAUCUGAUGCACCCCUUAAACCACUAACUGUUUGGGCAUCUACUAGAAAGAGAACGGUUGAGACGGCAGAGUAUCUAAAGGGAGAGGGAUUUAGAGUUAGACAGAGAAGUCAGAUGAGUCAGUUAAAUCCGGGCAUUUGUGAGAAGAUGAGUGAGAGGGCUUUGAGAAGGUUGUAUCCUGAGGAGGUUAGGAUGCACGAGUUGGAUCCUUAUCAUCAUAGAUAUCCUCGUGCUGAGUCAUACCAUGAUCUUGCAGUCCGCAUGGAACCCAUCAUCCUGGAACUCGAGAGAGAACAAAAUGACCUGUUGAUCAUUGCUCAUGAGUCUGUUUUGAGGGUUCUUUAUGGUUAUCUCAUGGCAUGUGAUGCUAUGAAUAUUCCUACGCUUAAGUUUCCUAGAAAUGAAAUCAUUGAGAUUAUCCCCGCCUCCUAUCAAAACGAAGCAAAACGCAUCCACAUCGAUGGUCUUGCCCCAGAAAUUAUUCCCGGCUCUCCAGAAGACAUCAGAAUCCCAGUUGCUCCUUCUGGUAUCCAAAGUCCCUUCUCGGGUAUUGGUACGCCGGCUUUAGGCAGUGGCAGUGGUGUUGCCACGCCUGUUCAUGGCGGGAAGAGUGGUGAUGUUAGUGGAGAUAAAUUCAAGACGCUUAAUCCAGAGGAGAAGAGGACUGGAAUGAAAUGGAAUGGGGAAUUGGAGUUGGGGUUGGGUUGGAUUCAGUGUUUGAAGAAGAAGGAGAAGAAGGUGAAGAAGGGGGGAAAGGAAAAGGAGAAAGAGGAAGAGGAGGAGGAGGAGGCCCCCUUAACACGUCACUAUCUCGGGAAAUCCUUUUCGCAAGGGCAGAACAUUACUGGCAAUCUUCUCCAAUAUCGAGAUGGCAAGAACCGUCAGCGUCGUGGUCAGUGGUAUCAUAGUCGCUCAACUUGCGGGUGUAACCGUGAGGAUGACAUGGAAGAUAUAUAUAUAAGUACCUUUGGUUUUGAAACGAAAGAUGCACGGAAAAAGUUGAUUUUACUUGAGAGUUACUUGACGAUUACGAUGACCACAGCGGCAAAAGGACCAUUGAGCAACUCAGUGUAUUGCAGAAGAUCUGAAAGUACUGAAUACAGCCAUGGAGAAUCUGGACGGCAUACUGGAGGUCUUUGGGAUUGUACCGAUGAUGAUAUUGACAUCAACACCGCCUCAGAAGUCACGCCAAAGCCUUGA